CUGGGGUGGGGUAGGAGGGAGGCCAUUUCCUGAACCCCACCUCUCAGAUUCAGCACCGAGAACAGAGCCAGGAAGAAUUCUGAGAGCCGAAGCAGAGAGGACUGACAGACGUUCAAGAGGGUGGAGACCAGAGUGGGGAAGAACCCCGGCCGGGGGGAAUGAGCCGGGCAUGGGGAAGGGGGCCUUUCUUAAGGCAGGAGUUCCCUGCACAGCAACCUCCAGUAUCUCAAGUAGAGUGGCCACAGGAAACCGGCAUAAUGGCAGGGUUCAUCAUCAGGCGGGUGCUAAUGGCUGGCCUGCUUUUCAGUCUACUCCUUGGUUCUUCUGUGCUUUUUGUCUACAUCUUCCGGAGCUGUGGCCCUAGGCCUUGCAGGACACCGGAAUGUUGGGAUCUUCAGGCUCAUUACCUGGCCUCUGGGAACAGCAGUGUGGCUCCCUGCACCGACUUCUUCAGCUUUGCCUGUGGAGAGUCCAAAGGGACCCAUAGUUCUUUUCAGGCUCUUGCAGAGGAGAACAAGAAGAGACUUCGUAAAAUACUGGAAGAGCUAGGUUCCCGGCACCUGGGCGGUGGGGAGGACAAAGCCUUCCAGUUCUACAGCUCCUGCCUGGACACAGGCGCCAUCGAAGCUGCGGGGGCUGCUCCCCUCAGACAAGUCAUUGAGGAGCUUGGAGGCUGGCGAAUCUCCGGUAAUUGGACUUCCUUAGACUUUAACCGAACCCUGAGCCUUCUGAUGAGUCAGUAUGGUUAUUUCCCAUUCUUCAGAGCCUAUCUGCGACCUCAUCCCAGCCAUCCACACAAGCCAGUCAUUCAGAUUGAUCAGCCAGAGUUUGAUCUUCCCCUCAAUCAAGAACAGGAACAGAAGAUUUAUGCUCAGAUUGUGCGGGAAUACCUGGCUUAUCUGAAUCGGCUGGGAACCUUGCUAGGAGGAGACCCAGACAAGGUGCAAGAACAUGCCUCCAUGUCCAUCUCCAUUACCUCGCAGCUGUUUCAAUUUCUGAGGCCCCUGGAGCAGCGGCGGGCACAGGGAGAUCUCUCCCGGCUGGUCACUAUUGACCAACUGCAGGAAAUGGCCCCUGCCAUCGACUGGUUGUCCUGCUUGCAAGCGACAUUCAGGCCAAUGUUCCUCAGCCCCACCCAGCACCUCGUAGUCCAUGACCUGGAGUAUUUGAAAAAUAUGUCUCAGCUGGUGGAAGAGCAGCUGUUGAAAUACAGGGACUUUCUGCAGAGCCACAUGAUCUUGGGGCUGGUGGGAACCCUCUCUCCGGCCCUGGACAGCAAGUUCCAGGAGGCACGCAGAUCGCUGAACCAGAAACUGCGGGAGCUGACCCAACGACCACCCAUGCCCACCAGCCCUCGAUGGAUGACGUGCGUGGAGGAGACAGGAAACUUCUUCGAGCCUACCCUGGCAGCCUUGUUUAUUCAUGAGGCCUUCAGCCCGAAAACUCAUCGUGCUGCCAUGAAACUAUUCACUGCUAUCAGGGAUGCCCUCAUCACGCGCCUACAGAGGGUUCCUUGGAUGGAUGAGAAGACCCGGAAAGAGGCCCAGAAUAGGGUCACUCAACUGCAGGUGAAGAUGGGGGCCCCAGAAUGGGUCCUGAAGCUAUCACUGGACAAACAGGCAUACAGCGAUAUACAGCUUGGACCCAGCUACCUGCAGUCCUUCCUGAGCUGUGUCCGAUCCCUACAAGCUAGAAUCACCCAGAGCUUCUUGGAGUCUUUACCCCAGCACAGGUGGCAGGUGUCCGCUUGGGGGGUCAAAGCUUACUAUUCAAUGUCUGACCAUGUGGUGGUCUUCCCAGCCGGACUCCUCCAACCUCCAUUCUUCCACCCUGGCUACCCCAGAGCUGUGAACUUUGGUGCUGCUGGCAGCAUUAUGGCCCAUAAACUGCUGCACAUCUUCUACCAGCUGUUACUCCCUGGGGGCUGCCCAGCCUGUGACACUCAUGCCCUACAGGGGGCACUGCUGUGCCUGAAACACCACUAUGAAUCCAUUCCAUUACCCAGUGGACUCUCCUUCAAUGGCUCUUGGACAUUACGGGAGAAUGCUGCUGACAUCGGGGGAUUGGCCAUUGCACUGCAGGCUUACAGCAAGAGGCUAUUAUGGUACCAUGGAGAGACCAUCCUGCUCAACCUGGACCUCAGCCCUCAACAGCUCUUCUUCCAAAGCUAUGCUCAGGUGAUGUGUGGGGAGCCCAGCACCUGGAAACCCCAGGAUCCUCACAGCCCUCCCAUGCUUCGAGUACAUGGGCCGCUCAGCAACACCCCAGCCUUUGCCAGACAUUUCCACUGUCCACGUGGUGCCCUCAUGAACCCUUCCAGCCGCUGCCAGCUCUGGUAACCUGGCUACCACAGAGACUUCAAUUCAGAUGUAACAACACCUCCCUGCCCCAUCCAUGGAAUCAGGCACUAUCUCCUUUCCCUUUCCCUUUCAAAAAUAAAAGCUGGCACUUGGCUUCGGCUAUCCGUUAA